CAAAGUAAUCCGCCGUACAAUCCGGUUUCGCAAUCAACAUUACCGUAUCCUCCACCCGGAGCUUAUCCACCUCAAUCGCCUCAAGGAACUUCUGCGCCUUAUCCACCUCAGAGACCACAAGGUGCAUCUGCGCCCUACCCGCCUCAGAGACCACAAGGUGCAUCUGCGCCCUACCCACCUCAAGGUCCACAAGGAGCAUCUGCGCCCUACCCACCUCAAGGUCCACAAGGAGCAUCUGCGCCCUACCCACCUCAAGGUCCACAAGGAGCAUCUGCUCCCUAUCCACCUCAAGCACCUCAGAAUGUCGGGUAUCCACCACAACACCCUCAACCACCUCGAAAUGGUAGUCCAGUAUCAUUUCCGGUACCUAUACCAACGCCUAAUAAUGGUUAUCCUAAUUAUUCAACACAAGGUGGUUAUCAACAGCAGCCUUAUCCACCUAAUAAUGCCUAUCCACCUAAUAAUGCCUAUCCACCUAAUAAUGCUUAUCCACCUAAUAAUGCUUAUCCACCUCCCAAUAACCAAAUGUAUCCCCCACAAAAUUUUGGUCAAGGAUAUCCACCCACAGGAGGUCCCUAUUAA